AUGGCGGAGGCUACUACGGAUGUCAUCUCCGCGGAGAGGACGACACAAUCAGCUAUGGCCUACUUUCACGACGAGAUGAGCGACGGGGAAAUUGGACAACUGCACCUGGGAGAACUGGAUCUGACAACGGACGAGUUGAUCUUGGACGAAGUGGACCUUCACAUCCAGGCCAAUCUGGAGGACGAGCUGGUCAAGGAGGCGCUCCAGACGGGCGUGGACCUUCGCCAGUACUCCAAACAGGUGGAGGGGGAACUGGAGCGGAUCGAGCAGGCGUCCAUCAAGGAUUAUAUCAAGGAGAGCCAGAACAUCGCUCUGCUUCAUCAGCAGAUCAGCGCAUGUGACGCCAUUUUGGAGCGGAUGGAAGAAAUGCUGAGCGGCUUCCAAAGCGACCUGUCAUCCAUCAGCAGCGAAAUCCACACGCUGCAGCGGCAGUCCCUCAGCAUGAACGUGCGUCUGAAGAACCGUCAGGCAGUGCACAGCCAGCUCAGCCAGCUGGUGGACGAGCUGCUCGUGCCCGGCGCCAUGAUCUCCACCAUCUUGAACAGCGCGGUGACGGAGCAGGAGUUUGUGGAGCAACUACACGAGCUCAACAACAAGAUCAACCUGGCCAAGGAGCUGAGCUUCCGAGAAACGCUAGCCUGCUCGGACAUCCAGGACAUUGUCGACCGCCUUAAGAUCAAGGCGGUGUCGAAGAUCGGUGAAUUCAUCCUCCUCAAGAUCAACUCAUUCAAGAAGCCCAUGACCAACUACCAGAUCCCCCAGAACACUUUGCUCAAGUACAGGUUCUUCUACCAAUUUUUGCUGGCCAAUGAGAGGACGGUGGCCAAGGAGGUCCGAGACAAUUACGUGGACACCUUGAGCAAAAUGUACUUCAGCUACUUCAAGUCGUACAGCGGCCGGCUGCUCAAAGUGCAGUAUGAAGAAGUGGCUGACAAGGAUGAUCUCAUGGGAGUUGAGGACACUGCCAAGAAAGGUUUCUUCUCCAAGCCAUCUCUGAAGAGCAGGAACACCAUCUUCACUCUGGGCCAGAGGGGCGCCAUCCUCAGCCCCCCGGAGCUAGAGGGUCCCAUUCUGGUUCCUCACACGGCGCAGAGAGGCGACAGCAGGUACCCAUACGAGACACUGUUCCGCAGCCAACACUACGCCCUGCUGGACAACUGCUGCAGGGAGUACCUGUUCCUCUGCGACUUCUUCAUGGUGGCAGGAAACUCAGCCCUGGACCUGUUUAACAGCAUCAUGGGAAAGACCCUCAGCAUGUUCCUGAAAAGCAUGUCAGCGUACGUGUCAGACUGCUACGACGGCAUCGCGGUCUUCCUCUGCAUCCACAUCAUCCUGCGCUUCCGAGCUAUCGCCGCCAAGAGGAACAUUCCGGCCCUGGACAAGUACUGGGAGGCGGUGCUUGAGCUGCUGUGGCCACGUUUUGAACUCAUCCUGGAAAUGAACAUCCACAGCAUCAGGAACACGGAUCCGCAGAAGCUGGGAGUGCUGGACACCAGACCGCACUACAUCACGCGCCGUUACGCCGAGUUCUCGUCGGCCGUGGUCGGCAUCAACCAGACCUUCCCCAACGAGAGGACCGACGCGCUGCUGGCUCAGCUUCAGGCGGAGGUGGAGAACUUUGUGCUGAAGAUGGCGGCCGAGUUUCCCUCCAGGAGAGAGCAGCUCAUCUUCCUCAUCAACAACUACGACAUGAUGCUCAGCGUGCUCACGGAGAGGGCGGCAGACGACAGCAAGGAGGUGGAAGGCUUCCAGCAGCUCCUGCUGGCCAGGACGCAGGAGUUCAUCGAGGAGCUUCUGGCGUCUCCCUUUGGUGGAAUGAUCGCCUUCGUGAAGGAGGCUGAGGCUCUGACGGAGAAAGGCCAGCUGGAGCGCCUGAAGAACGACGAAGCCCGAAUCUGCCAGCUGGUACGAGGCUUCUCCAGCUCCUGGAAGCAGUCGGUGGAGGCCAUGAGCCAGGACGUUAUGCGGUCCUUCACCAACUUCAAGAACGGAACCAGCAUCAUCCAGGGCGCCCUGACCCAGUUGAUCCAGUACUACCACGGCUUCCACAAGAUCCUCAACCAGCCCGCGUUCCGCAGCCUGCCGGUCCGAUCCGAACUCAUCAACUUGCACCACCUUAUGGUUGAAGUGAAGAAGCACAAGCCCAACUUCUGA